AUGCAUACUACGAUAAAGGCAGCGGAACAGGCUGCCAUCGAUGGUGAAGCAGGAGAUGAAUGGGAUACGCAGAAUUGUCUGCUGCUGCAGUCCGAAGUUCUAUCGUCAAGUCCGCCACGCGAAGACUCGCCUGGUCGCGGAUACCAUUGUCCAACUUCUCUCAACGCGUUACAUUAUGCUCCGACGACCACACAGCUGAUGACCACGAGUCCGAUCAAGACACCGAUUGAGCUGCUGCAAGACCAGGAGAAUGAAGACCCGAAACCGUCCGCCAUUGUAGUUAUCCAGCGCAAUUCGGAAGGGCAGCGACGUCGCUUCGAUCUUGAAGGCAGAGAACUAGAGCGACCACACGUCGAGCGAUUGCGGCAGAACAUGGACGACGACCUCGCCCCCACCCAGAGAAGUUCCAUGUCUCUUACGCAGGAAAACUCUGCCUCGGUGUAUGCGGUCUACGCAGAGAGCAAAGUAACACAGAAUCACUCGCGGAGCAAAGCGACUAUAAUUACAGACUCUACUCCUUGCACAUAUGGCGAAGAUGACACAGGUUAUAUCGCGUUAGAUUUAGGUCUAGUAGACCCUGUCAAUCUACCUGCAUCUCAACAAUCGAGGGUCAGCGACGAACAGGACAGUGAGCUAUCGCGGGAGGACGCAGAUACAGAUCCCAUAGAAAUGGAACCUCAAACUCCGGCUCCACCUGUCAAUCCAUUCGCGAAUCGAGGAAGUGUUAUGAGAGGCAUUGACAUGUUCGGCGCCACUCAACCCUCAUCUAAUCGAUUUGCUAGCCCUACAUCAUCUCGCCCUUCUCCGAAUAAUCUAUAUAACUUCGACACGCCUGUGCCUAUAGCGCGUGGUACAAUCUCCUCCCCUUUAGUCCGUCGCGACGACACGCCUGUACAAUGCCUACCACAUAUACCAUCUACAGCACACUCCUAUACCGUCUCUACUUUUAAGGAAACGAAGAUAAUACCCGAUGCUAGACGGUAUAAUUCGAUGAAAGCGAGUCAAGAGAGGAGACGUGAAGACUCUUCCCAGGAUUCGGAUUCUUCUAGCGACUCAGAUAUCGAGGCGGAUGUUAGUUCGCGGAAACGAACACGCGAACGCGAAAUUCAAAAUCGGUUAUCUAGUGUCGACUUUCGUCAAAGGUCACUGCCUACUAGUUCAGACGUUGUAGAAGUUCCUUCAACAUCCUCAAAGCUAGAGCGUCGGUUAAGCCGCGAAGAGGAGGGUUAUAUAGCACAAUGCUCAGGAUUGAAUGCCCGGGACACGCAGGACACGCAAUUUGUUACAGACUCCCAGAACCUCAUUGGAAAGAAUAUUGAAAAUCAAACAUCUAGUGAUGAGGAUAUCCCAGAUACUGCUGUGGGAAAUGACUUGCCUAAUCCUUCACCGCCGAAAGAUAGAUCCCAGUUACUUCCUAUCUUGCCCUUGCAAGAAGUGUCUGGAAAUAGUGCAGUGGCUGGAAGUGGUCCAGUGUCUACAACACCAGCUCGCAAAAGAAUUACCGACUGUGCGGAUGCGGCUGCAAACAGCUCUACGGUCCCGGAAACUAGCCCUGCUCGCGAACCACGUCCACUAGGAGAUAUUGGCUUAUCGUUUAGUGCUGACAGUGAUGAUCGAGACAUAGAGCUAGGGAAUAUACCAGGAUUCUCACAAGAUAUGGGAUUUGAAGAAGCUCUAAAUAUACAGGCUUCACCAGAGCCUCCACAAGCCAGAAGGAAACGCGCCGGCAAAGCGAAUGCCCAUGGGUUGUCUACAGAGGUGCAGAGCAAAUUUUCGGAAACAGCGGUACAAGAAACAAGCUCUACGAAAAGCGACGACUUACAGCAUGAUUCUUCCUGUAAGCCGGCCGCGACAUUCCCGAGCAUUCUGCCUCCAGCAGACCUUGUUCAAACCAUUGUUCAAGAUGCCGGCCCUCUAACAUCGCCACCUCGGGUGGAAGUCGAGUCGCAAGCAGCUGUUAUAACACAACGCGAUGACGAAGCUUCCUCAAAGCCUCCGUUGACUGAGUCUGAGUCCGACUUAGGGCAAACGAUACCCAAAAUAUCCGUCGAAAAGAUCAAUGCUCAUUCGAACGAUCCACGGACCCCUAUUCAGAGAAUCGGCACCCCUGUUAGUGCGAUUGAAAGCACCGCUUCAUCUUUACUUUCUCCUGCACCAGAAAGUAGUGCGCCAACACCACAAUCAGAUGAGCUUUCCUCCACACGACAUCGAAAGCCUAGCAUCAAGGCGGCAAAAUCCACGAAGCCAAUCACUUACAAGAGUAGUAACUCCACGAGAACAAGAUCAACUAAAGGGAUUAAAAAACUAGUCAAUGAAGAACCAACUCGCUCCUCGAAAAGGAAAGCACUACGUGGUAAUAGGGAAGAUAGUGUUGAUCAUUUAGCUAUGUCUCCUGGAUCAGCAAGAACUCGCGACUCUUCCUCAAAACUCUUUACUGGAAUGGCCUUCGCAGUCUCAUACGAAGACCCGGAAGAAAAGGCCACAAUCGUCAAAAGUAUUAACGAGUACGGUGGAAAUUUACUCGAUGGCUUUGAAGAUCUAUUUGAAUCGGGUCCAAAGCCAAAACAGGUAAUUGAGCCUACCUUGACUGUUGUGAAGAAACACCAGCAAUCGCUUGGCUUUACGGUUGUGAUCGCCAAUGAGCAUUCGAGAAAACCAAAGUAUAUGCAAGCACUUGCUUUAGGGCUGCCAUGCUUGUCUGGUCAUUGGAUUCUGUCGUGCGUUUGUAAAGGUGCCAUUAUGGACUGGAAGCCAUACCUGCUAAGUGCUGGAUCUUCGAUACUUCUUGGUAAUGCCUCGUUGAGUCGCCACUUGACUUCUUACCCGAUUGCCACUGAAUCAAGCCUUGUUGCGUGCGUCGAAGAAAGAACAAAGAUAUUUGCUGGGAUGUCAGUCUUGGCUGUUGGCUCCCAUGGAGCCAUCGAUGAAAAGUUAAGAACUUUGUCAUUCUUAUGCUGGGUGGCUGGGCCUAGCAGAUUUUGUCAGAUUGCUUCAUUUGACGAGGCACGGAAAAAACUACUGGACGAUGAAGCUCGUGGGAUCAAAUGGGAUUUGGUGUUCUGUGAUGCGACACACAAAGCUGUCGAAUCAGCGAUAUUUUCGAACAACGGUCGCAAACGGAAGCGUCCGUCGUCUACGGUACAAGCUGCACCGAAAAAGGUGCGAAUUAUUGAUAAAGAAGAUCUUCUGCAAAGUCUUAUCAUAGGACAGUUGGUGGAAGAGUAA